UCACAUGUUAUAUAACAGUUCAAUUCAAGAUGGCGGCGAGAACGGUAGUAGGAACUGCUAUUCGAGCUGUCAGUAGACAGCGCAAAUUUGCGGCAAGGAAAGCCGCUCUCACGUUGACACCUAGCGCAGUAAACAAAGUCAAGACUCUUUUAUCAAGCCAACCAGAUGCUAUUGCUCUCAAAGUUGGGGUGAGGCAACGAGGCUGUAAUGGGCUGUCAUACACAUUAGAGUUUGCCACAGAGAAGGGGAAGUUUGAUGAAUUGGUCACACAAGAUGGUGUGAAGGUAUUAAUAGAUUCCAAGGCACAACUAUCAUUACUGGGAACCGAAAUGGACUUUGUUGAGGACAAACUCUCCAGUGAAUUUGUAUUUAAUAACCCUAAUAUCAAGGGCACCUGUGGGUGCGGCGAAAGCUUCAACAUUUGACAAAUACUGUUUUUAUGUUUCAUAUAAUAUUUAUUUUCUAAUCUGAUUUAUAUGAUUAGAGAGUUAACUGCCACAAAUAAUUCUAAGAGCUUCAAGAAAAAGAUAGGUAGAUACCAACAUAGUAGCUAUAUCAACACAGAUUGUAUACUGCCUUUCAACACUCUCCCCAUCAGACCCAAUCACCUAAUUUAUGCCUGUUAUUAUUUUAUUUUACUAGAAAUGUUGUAAAAAGGUUUGAUCAUUCAAUGUAAAUAAAAUAUCACAACUACAUUAUCUCCAUAAGUGAUCUGAACAAAAAAAAGAAAACUUGAUCACCAAUUUGUCCAGCUUUUAUUUCAAAUAACCUAAUAUAAAUUAAUAAAUAUAGACAGUACCAGUGUUUAUACAUAAAUAUUAGUGAAUGUACAAAAAUAAACAAUUAAAAAAUAUUGUAAACUCA